AUAAAACACGCACCCAACCAAACCCUAGCUAUCUCCAUUCAACCUAGAAGAAGGGACAAAACCGAAGCUUGGAACUUGGAUCUUCUUGUUACGUACUGUGCUCACAAUUCGGUACGUAGAAAUGGAGUAUGGAUACUUUCAAUUUCAAUCAAGUCACCAGCAGGCCUUGAAAUCGCUUGAAGCUCAGAUGAUUGAGCAUAAGAAACUACUUGUGCAGUUGGAAGCUGAAAAGAGAGGGCUUAAUGCAUGUCUUGACAAGACUAAGGCUCAAAAUUUAGAUCUUGGGACGGAGCUUAAGCAGAUGGAAGUUGAUAAGAUGGAGCUUAGAAUGAGAGUGCUUCAGUUGCAGAAGGAAAAGGAACUUAAUAACAAAUAUUUUUCUCAGAGAAUGCUUGUGCUGCAGGGUGAAGUUGAUCGGAACCAACAGCUUUGGGCUGACAAGGUGGAUCUUAUGAAGCAGAUUGAGCAGCUUGGGGUAGAUAAGCAAAUCCUUGAGGAAGAUGCUGAGCAGAGUGAGUGUUGGAGGAGAGAGCUUGAGGUGGAGCUUGAGGCGAGUGAGAUUGAAAAGGGAGAUAUUGUAAAAGAGCUUAAGGAGAUUCACGCUGAAAAGAAAAAUCUUGAGGGACAGAUUGAGAAGAUGGAAUAUUAUCAGAAAGAGAUUAAGAAGAAACUUCUUGAUCUGCAGGAUGAAGCUGAGAAGAAAGAGCUUCAGAGCAAAGAGCUUAAUCAGAAAGUGCUUAACCUGCAGAGUGAAGCUGUUCAAAACAAAAACCUUAAGAGUGAUCUUGAGAAAACUCUUGCGGAGAGUGAAGCUGAAAAGAAAAAGCUUGAGGCGUUUCGGGGUGAAAAGGAAGAUCUUGCGAAAGAGCUUCAGGAGAUUCGGGCUCAAAUGGGAUAUAUUGUGGAAGACCUGGGGAUGAUUAAGGCUGAGAUGGGAGAUCUUGAGAGAGAGCUUUGGCGGAGUGAGGCUGAUAAGACGGAGCUUGAGAAGAAAAUGCUUGAGCUGAGUAGUCAAGUGAAGAUUAAGGAGAUUGAGAACAAAGACCUUAAUGAUAAAUUGUUUCAGCUGUGGAGGGAAGCAGAUCAAAACAAACUGCGUAAUGAUUAUCUUGAGAAAAAGUUUGCGCAUAGUGAACGUCGGACGAAAGAGCUUGUUGGGAUUGAGAUUGAAAAGAAACGUCUCGAGAAAGAACUCGAGGAGAUUCGAUCUAAAACGGGAGAUCUUGUGUCAGAGCGUAAGCAUAGUGAGACUGAGAAGGAGGAGCUUAAGCAGAAAGUGCUUGAGCUGGAGACUGAAGGUCGUCGAAACAAAACGCUUUUGAAUGAUCUUGAGAAAAAGCUUGAGCAGAGUGAAUGUCAGAAGAAAGCUCUCAAAGAGGAGCUGGAGAUGAAUAAGCAAUACCUCGACGAAGAACAACAGCACACUGUAAAAGCUUUUCAUCGGAAUGAGAUGCAGUUGGAUCAAAUGAGGAAUCUUAAAGAAUUGCUUGAGAAGAGUGAGGCUCAGAAUCAAAAUCUUAUGAAAGAGCUUCAGCAAACUGAAGCUGCAAAGUUAGGCCUUAAAAAUGCUCUUGAGGGGAGUGAAUUCCAGAAGAAGGACCUCCAGGAAGGCCUUCACAAAAAUCUUGGGCAAAUUAUCAGGAAAAUGGUUGAAAAUAGUGAGACUCAGAAGGAACAGAUUGUGCAAAUGAUUGAGCAGAUUAAAGAUGGAAAGCUGGAUGCCGACAAAGCUCUCGAGGAGAGUGAACGCCAGAAGAAGGAGCUCAAGGAGGUGCUUGCAAAGAGUGAGGCUCAAAAGGAACAUCUUGAGAAAGAGCUUGAGAAGAUUGAAGAUGAAAAGAUACAGCUUAAGGAAGCUCUUGAGGAAAGUGAGCUGAUGAAAAGACAACAAGUGAUAGUUUUUGGCCAGAAGGAACAACUUGUGAAGGCAGAGCUUAACAAGAAAGUACUUCAGCUGCAGAAUGAAGCUGAUCAAAGCAAGGAGCUUAAGAAACGCCUUGAGCAAAAGCUAGGGCAGACUGAAAUGCACAAGAUAUUACUUGAGAAAGCUCUUAAGGAUAGAGAUAUUCAACUGCAAGAAAUGAAUCAGAGAUUUGCUUUAGAGCAAAAGCAUAAUGAAGAAGUGGUGGCAGAUUUGUCGAAAGAACUAAAGAAUCAGGAGAGUUCGAAGAAAGAGAUUACAUCUAUCAACAGUGAAAUGGAGUAUCUUCAUUAUGUCAACAAGAAAAGCACAGAAGAGUUGGAUGUUGCUGAUGUUGCUGCUGCUGAUGAUGAUGACGAUGAUUGGCUUAAAGUUUAAAGUGGCUAUGUUAAGGCCACGUGGCCCUACCUAGACUUUGAAGUUUAUUAAUUUGGGUUUCUUUCAAGUACAUAAGAUGCAUAUAAACUUCUCUAAAUAAUCUUUUUGCCCUUUGGAA